AUGGCGGACGCACCCCUGUUCCCCGUUACCGUGGUCGGUAGUUGGCCUCGCUCCACCGAGCUGAUCCGUGCUCUGCGCCGCAAGGAAGCUGGCGAAAUCACCUACGCGGAGUUCAGUGCAAUGGCCGACGCCGAAGUCCUCGCGUGCAUCCGUGCCCAGGAAGAGGCCGGCGUCGACAUCAUCAGCGACGGCGAGCAACGUCGGGACAACUUCUACUCCUUCGCGGUGGACAAGCUCACCGGCAUGCAGUUGAUGAAGGUGUCGGAGCUGCUGGACUACUCCACCGACCGGGCCCGCAUGGAAGAGGUGCUGCGCGCGCUUGACGUCCCCUCCUUUGCCAUCAAGAGCCCUAUCGUGGUGGACCGGAUUGGUAAGAAGCAGGGACUGGCGCUGGAUGAGCUGGCCUUCAUGCGCGAGCACACCGACCGCCAAAUCAAGGUGCCGUUGCCCGGCCCCUAUAUGCUGACCCGCUCCAGUUGGUUCGAGGGCCUGUCGGACAAGGCAUAUCCCUCCCCCGACGAUCUGGCCAAGGACGUGGUCGAGAUUCUGCGGGAGGAGAUCAUUGCCCUGCGCGACCAGGGCUGCGACUUUGUGCAAUUGGACGAACCCACCCUUUCCCAGGUGGUGUUCGGCGAAGAGACCACCGAAACCUUCAUGUGCGCUGCGCUGCCCAACCGGCGCGACCCCACCGAUGAGUUGGAGAUGGCGGUUCGCCUGAUGAACGAAACGCUGGAGGGCAUCGAGGGCAUCAAGACCGGCGUACACAUCUGCCGCGGGAACUGGAGCAAAAAGGAAGAGGUUCUGCUCACCGGCAACUACGGCCCCAUGCUCCCCUACCUGGUCCAGAUGAACAUCGACCAGUUGGUGCUGGAGUGCGCCACGCCGCGGGCCGGCGAGAUGGAAGUCUUCAAGGAAUACAGCAACGAGAAGGAGAUCGGCCUAGGCGUGGUCAACCCGCGCACCGACGACAUCGAGCCGGCCGGCCAGAUCGUCGCCCGGGUCAAGGAACUGCUGCAGUACUUCGACGCCGACAAGAUCUACCUCAAUCCCGACUGCGGUUUCGGCACCUUCGCCGAGCGCAACGUCAACACCCACGAAAUGGCCGCCAAGAAGAUGCAGGUGAUCACCGAAGCGGCGGAGAUCCUCCGCGCCGAGUACGCUUAG